AUGGAAUCAACUAGUGCGACUACAGAAGCCAAUGUGACAGAAACGACUACUACAGGCAAAACGACGACAGCAGUAUCAAGUGCAAACGAUGAACGUCAAAAUAAUACAACACAAUCUAGUGCGACAGCAUCAUCUACCGCAGCACCUACUUCCAACGUCUCCAGUAGUAGCAAUACACAAAAUGGUUAUCGACCUCUUAAUGUUAAAGAUGCCUUGACUUAUUUGGAUCAAGUAAAAGUACAAUUCUCAGAACAUCCUGAAGUCUACAACAAAUUCCUGGAUAUCAUGAAGGAUUUCAAAAGUCAAGCAAUCGAUACUCCAGGAGUGAUUGAACGUGUGUCUACUCUCUUCCGUGGUCAUCCCUUAUUGAUAUCUGGAUUCAACACUUUCUUACCACCUGGUUACUGUAUUGAAUGUAUCACUGAUGAACACUCCCACGACAUUAUUAAAGUGACAACACCUAACGGAACAACCACUACUAAUGCUGGCGAACCAUUACGACUAGGCUCAGAAACCACAGGAAACCGUCGAGCUCCAGUGGAAUUCAAUCAUGCCAUUAAUUAUGUCAACAAAAUAAAGAACCGAUUUUCAAGUGAUCCUGACAUUUAUAAACAGUUCUUGGAAAUUUUACAAACAUACCAAAAAGAACAACGUCCAAUCCAAGAAGUGUAUGGUCAAGUACAAGUCUUAUUCAAUGGUGAUAGUGAUCUAUUGGCAGAAUUCAAGCAAUUUUUACCGGAUACUACAGGACGAAAAAAACGGGCGACGAAUAUGUUGACUUCUGGCAUCUCAAAGCGAAGCAAAUUACAAAAUAAGAUGGACACCCAAACAUCUGAUGUACGCUCUGGCAUGUCAUUAGAUCAAGAUAUGGUACGGCCUUUUGUCUCUGGUGAAGAAGUAGAGUUCUUUGAACAGGUCAAGAAAUACAUUGGUAGCAAGGCCACAUACAAUGCUUUCCUCAAGGUAUUGAAUCUAUUCAGUCAACAAAUCGUGGAUCAAAACGUACUUGUGAAUCGUGUGGAAGGCUUUAUCGGCGGUAACAAGGAAUUAUUUGAUAUGUUCAAGACUUUAGUUGGUUACGAUGGAAAAGAUGAAAUUGUGGAAAAUGUACCUGCUGAUCUUGACAAACCUGAUCUUUCGACGUGUCGCGCUUGUGGUCCAAGUUAUCGACUUAUUCCUAAAUCGUGGGAACAAAGUCAAGUAUGUUCUGGCAAGGAUGAAUUAUGUUUAGAAGUUCUGAAUGAUAAAUAUGUCUCACAUCCUACUUGGGCAAGCGAAGACAGUGGUUAUGUGACAUCCAAAAAGAAUCAAUAUGAAGAAGCUUUACAUCGUGUGGAGGAAGAAAGAUAUGAUUAUGAUUUGAAUAUUGAAGCCAAUCUCAAUACCAUUGCACUUUUGGAACCUAUUAUGAAGAAAAUUUCAGCCAUGACUCCUGAAGAAAAAGCAGAAUUCACUCUACCUGUUGGACUUGGUGGUCCUUCCAAAACUAUCUAUCAACGCAUCAUCAAGAAGAUUUAUGGUAAUGAUAAAGGUCUACAGGUCAUUGGACUACUUCACAGUAGCCCUGCACAGACAGUACCUAUUGUAUUAAAGCGACUGAAACAAAAGGAUGAUGAAUGGAAACGUGCUCAGCGUGAAUGGAACAAGAUCUGGCGUGAAGUAGAAGCAAAGAACUAUUUGAAGGCAUUGGAUUAUCAAGGCAUCACAUUCAAAUCAAAACGUGAAAUUUCCUCAUCUACCACCACAACGACAACUUUACUGGCUCCAGCAAGAAAACCUCCACAAUUCACUUUUGUUUUUGACCAAAAAUCUGUGCUCAAGGAUGUGAUGCGACUGAUAUACUACUUUCUCGAUCGAACGGAGCUCUAUAGUGCAGAAAAUCAAGACAAAAUGCGAUCAUUUAUGGAAACUCUACUUCCAUUGAUCUUUGAUGUAGAUAAGGAUGGUGAUGAAGAAGCGGCAGCCGAUGAUGACGAAGCUGCUGAUGAAGCGGAUGAUGAAGAAGAUGAGGAAUCAAGAUCAAUUCAAUCGUACGAUUCUGAUGGUGAUGCAAUCAUGGCUACUCGACGUAAUGGAUCUUCAACAACAACUGCAACACGAAGUAUAAAGAAGAAUAAUGGAAGCAACAGCAAACGAUCCACUUUGAAAGAUAUCUUGACAAGAAAUAUAUCAUCAACUCAUACAUCUGGACAACAACAACAACAACAAGAACAACCCGAAACGGAUGUGGAUGUACCUGAAGCAAACAAUAAUGAUGUGAAGACUGACGAAUCACAGGAAACAACAAAGGAGGAGAUCCCAACAAAUAACGAAAAAGAAGAUCAACAGCGUGCUUUACCCAAAGAACAAACGCCAACUACUACUACUACCACCACUACUACUGGUGAUACUUCACAUAAACGACAUGUAUAUAAUUUGUUUGCUGAUAGUGAAUUUUAUUGUUUCUUCCGAUUAUAUCAGUUAAUCUAUGAACGUCUUUGUCAAAUGAAAUCUUUGGAUGAAGAGUAUAAGAAGGAUCCUAUCAAGACAAAACGGGAAAAUAAGGCUGCUCUGAAUUUGGGAUUAAAAUCAAAAGCUAUUUCUGAUUUCCAUUUGAAGUUCAAUAAAGGUUACUACCAGGCACUACUGACUUUGAUUGAAAAGUUCUUUGAAGGUGAUAUAGAUCAAAGUUUAUUUGAAGAAUCAUCACGAUAUAUCUUUGGAAGCAAGGCAUAUGUUUUAUUUACAAUCGACAAGGUUAUGCUUGCACUCAUCCGACAUACACAUUUGAUUAUUUCCAAUGAUAAAUCACCUUUGCUAUUGGACUUAUUUAAGCAAGAUCAUAGUUUGGAACAUGUGGAUGCUCAAAUUCUUGGUGAUUACCGACUCCGUGUGGAAGAUAUAGUGGGCAAAGAAGAAGUCCUAUUUAACAUAGCAUUUGAUACCAUUCGUAGGACCUUAUCAAUUCAAAUUCUUAGUGGAGAUGAUGAAGAUUACGAAAAAAACAGCCGUGAUGACUAUGAAGAAUAUGUUUCCAAUUAUAUUGACUGGGCCAAUGCUACUAAAGGCAUCAAUACAUCUGAUUUGACACCACGAUUUCUCAAAAGUGAUGAAGCUGAUGAUGUACGACAGGAUAUUUUUGUACGUUCCGGUAUGCAAUACAAAAUUUGUCGAGACACAUAUCAUAUGUUUUAUAUUAUUGGCACAGAAGAUAUAUUUAUACGCUUACCGACCAAACCAAGGCCAACACAACAACAACAACAACAAGAAUCAAGUGCAAAAUGGACUUCAUGGUUGGAAUCCAAUUGGAGCAAAGGUAUCUCGGACAAGGAACAAGCUGAAAAGGAUGCUCGACAAUUAUUGUUCUCUAAUUAA